GUCGGUCAAACAUGGGCAAAUUAUAUACGUGUAGUCAGUUAACCCCAUUCUGACCCUUUGUAAUACUGCGCGAUCAUUAUUAUAUUCUGUACUAACUUCAAUUGUUUUCAAUAUUUUUAUAGAUUUCUGCAUUUGUUUUGAUUUCUGUCGUGUUCAUUGGCAGAUCAUGACAUUGUUGGUGAACGUGGAUAUUAGUCUGGUCACACUGGUUUAUAUAUAUCAUCAAAUUCCUGCACAGGGUAGUCCGUUUUUGAGAAGCUAUCAUAUUUCAAUCCUUAAACGUUUAAAAUUCAUUACAUGCCACUUUCGAGAUACUUCCCAUCUAGAAGCUGAACUCCAAAGUCAAAGAGACAAAAUAUGGCAACCUACAAUCGAAUAUUCGCUUGCUCUUCUUUGGUGUUCAUUCUGAGCAGUCUAUUCUUGAAAACAGUCAAUCCAUGUUCUCCUAAUCCAUAUAAACCAGACCGCGAUAUUACGGAGCUAGCAAUACUUGCUCCAGUUGUUAUUAUAGCACGCGUUGUAAAUAUCUCAGUGGAUUCAAACAUACAAAUGUUCACUCAAUAUUCCGCUUGUUUGAAUGUGACGGAAAUAAUCAAACGCGACGAUUCCGUCUCUAUUCCACAGACAUUUUGUACCAAGCACUUUGGAACUGAAGCUAUGUGUUUGUCUCAUGUAUUUCCUAAUAUAUCCUAUGUGUUUUACUUGAACACUGACCUUCAGGCAAGAUAUGAUGCUCAUUUCUCAGCAGCGAGACCUGCAACUGAUGUUGUUGUCGCACUUGCUCGCAGAGGAUACUGUGAUGUGGAAAACUCGACAAAUUGUGGUAAUUAUAUACAGUGGUUAAUACAUAUAUAUCUCGUUAUUGCCGUUAUAGCAGAUCAAGGUUCAAUUUCUGCUAUAACUUGAUACUUAAUGGAAGCUGGGGGCAGAAAAAUUACACUCUAUCUCUAAAUUUUAUCUAUUUACAAAAAAUACAAAACUAUACCUCUUAAGCUGGUUACAAACGAGCAAGUUUUCUAUGACAAGUUUUCAUAUGACAAGUUUUCAUAUGGCAUGUUUUAUUUGCUAGUUGCACGCGUGAUAGUGUGUAUGUACGUAGAACACAUUUUCUAUGACAGGUUUUUCGUUUUCUGACUUGGCGUUAGCUAUUAUUAGCUAUUACAACAAUUGAUCGCUGACCAACCGCAUGCGAGUGCUCAAAUUACUGUUACCAACUUUUCUUACCUUGCCGAUUUUUUCUGUGACAACUAUACACUUAAUUUAAGAGAGCCCAGCAAAUAAUUGCCACAGUUUUAAAGUAUACACUUGUUCAAAACUUAGCAUGACAAGUACACUUGUUCAAAACCUGGAAUGCUAGUUGAAUAGGUACUUGUCAUAUAUAUAUAGUCAUAGAACAAAUUGGCAAACUUGUCUAUACAGGCGAGCAAUAAGACUAUCCAUAUGAAUUAUGAAAACUUGUCAUAGAAAGCUUUGCUCGUCUGUAACCCGCUUUAUAAAGUAUUAAAUUAUUUCCCCAAUAUUAUUACUAACGGAUUAUCACCAUUGCUGUCUUUUUAAUAGUAAAAUCCAUCUAUACAUUCAUGAAUAUUGUCCACUAAAAUAUUAAAAUUUUGAUGGAAAUUGCCACAGAACAACCUCGACUCAUCCACAUGCAAGAGAGGGUGUAGCCUCACUUGGGACAGUACAAUGCCAAUGGCACUGGGAACAGAGAAACAACGGAGAGGCCGUCCACUCCCGUUGCUCCCUACCACAUGCAGACCGAUAUACGACAACCGCAUCUCCCUGACAGCAUAGAACAUGCGCACCAAGAUUCCGAAUAAACUUUAAACAGAUUUCGAAGAGACCUGAGUGAACAGACUAGCUAGCUGAUGCAUGAGUGAAGAAUUUAACACUGACCGUCUGACGUGUCAUAGAUAUCCCAUUUAUAUUUAACCAUUUCAAAUAUCUAUUUGUAUUAUAUUUAAUAUUUUGAGUCAGCCAUUUGACUGAGUUACAUUUUCACAUCAGAAUUACCCGACUUGUCUCCUCCAAGUGGCUCCAACGUAGUCAGUAUACCAAUAUUUGUUAAUUGUUAGAAUAGUGCCUUACAGUCGAUGCGUUAACUCAAAGCUUUCGACAAUUUUACCAGCACUUUUGCAUGCAAAAAUGUAAAGUUAUUGUUUUCCUUAUGUGUCUUAAGUAAACUCGACAAAAGAUUUAACAAAUCACAUUACAAGGUUGUCAUUACAAUGGAAAAUAUGACCGUACAUUACGCCAUUAAAUCUGUGGCUUAACGAUUUAAAAUGAUAGAUCAAUUGUGAUUCCUUAAGAUUUCUCCACAACGUAUGUGUGAAAAAUGCUUCUCAAUCCAACCCGAUAUUCAGAGGUGAAGACCCCGAGUGUCAGAUUGCUCCUCGAUCUUGCUGCCACUGAAACUGUCUGUCCAGUUAUCGAGCUCUAACCACAAGUAUAUAUAUAUAUAUAUAUAUUGAGUGAGGUUACAACAAAAUCUUGAUGUUUACCCAUACUUUAAUAUGGCAGUGCCCUAGUAUAUAUACAUGAACUUGUGGUUAGACCUCGACAACAGUUGUAAGACAACUGGACUCUGUAGCUCAGUUCGUUAGAGCCGCUGCUCUGGGAAUCGCAGGGCCGCAGGUUCAAUUCCUGCCAGGGACCUAUAGUUGCAUUUUCGCAGCUGUUCCUGGUUAGGUCUAAUAAAUGUAUAUAGAAUUUCCACUCGAUAAUUUCCAUCCACAAAAACCUCCAACUACUAUUAUUCAAACGAGUGCGAUGCCAAUAAAAUCUUGUUAUUUCAUGUUUUAGCAACUUGCCUUGGGAGUCCUUGUUUCUAAUUUGGAUUUGGUUUCUCUUUUAAAUUCUAGUUCUACCCAAUGUAACUGAUGUUCCAAAAAAAUUAAUAGCAGUUGACGAGGGAGGGAGUGUAGUUCUAACCUGCCAUGCUUCUGGCACCAAACCUUAUGUCGUCACCUGGUUCUAUAAAGGCGACUCAAGUGGCAUGCCACUUUAUUCAACAAUCGGAUAUGAUGGAAGCUUAUUUCUUCGCAAAAUGUCAACAACAUCUCGAGGAAAAUAUACUUGCAUCGUGAAGAAUGCUGCUGGUAGUGUUUCUCGUGACACAAGAAUCGUUGUUAGUAAGUGUUCUCUUUAGAUAUUAUUGCUGCCAAGGGCAGGGAGGCACUAUUCUUGACACUGUAUAUUGUUUCACCAGAGCUCAUUCGGCCUACUCUUUCGCGCGAUCUAUGUAUUGUCGCGAUCUCAAUUUUAUGUCGGUUAGUUGGUUAAUUAGUCGGUCUGUCGGUUUCGAUUUCUGUCUCUCUAAAUGUUUUGCGACAUAUAUAUAUAUAGUUUGGGCUGAUUUCAAUAGACCUUUUUAAAAAGUCUGCCUUGUGACGUAGUUUGCAGGUAAAUACGAUCAUUUGGCCAACCAGGCAAGCCAAAUGGCUGUGCGGGGUUUUCUUUAUCCGCAAACUACGUCACAAGCCAGACUUUUUAAAACGGUCUAUUAGCUCAAUGUAAAUUCACCACGAAUGUCGAUUUCAGCUUAUUUUUCAAUUUGAAAUAUUGUUUGAAAUAUUGGGCGGGAAAUUUGUAAAUACAAUUAUUUCGCUGUGUUCUAAAGUACGAAGUACGAAAAAUAUUGCAAUAUCAGAGUUACAGAGUAGCGGUGUUUAUGGCGAACGAAUUACAGGACUCCUAAGAAGCUGUACAAAAAAUAACUUUCAUUUCCAAUAUCAUUUUUAAUUUGUUCAGUCGCCAUGAACACCACAACUCACGAUUUUAUAACAUGAUCAGUAAUUCACAAAAGACUUGCGAAAUUAACAGUUCUCUGCCCAAUAUUCCGAACAAUUGGAAUAUUCACAACAAACGUUGGGAAUGUGCGUUGAAAUGUGAGCUGAAACGAUGAUUGUGAUAUGAUCAAUGUAUUUCUCUUUUUCUGUUCAAUAUCAGUUCUAUUUUCUUUUCAAUUUCAUCCAGAAUGUCUUCAACGAGUGAAAAUUCAAACUUCAACGUUUUCAGUCGACUUAAAAACUAAAACAAGUUUACCAACCGAUUGAAUAAUAAAGUUUUAUUCCGCUCAUUUGUUUUCACUUGUUCAAGGAUUUGUCAAAAAACAACUGAAAUCGAUUGUAAAUUAAUUAGAGUAUUUUGUUGAUUUUGCGUAGGGUUAAAACCUUGUGGUGGAGUUUUUAUGGUAAAUAAAAGGAUGGACAUUACUUCUCCAGAUUUUCCUCAUGAAUAUGCUCCUGAUAAGACGUGUGUGUGGAGACUGUGUCCACCUCGCUCCUAUCGAAUUAAAUUUCACUUCAACAUGUUCCAUCUACAUGCAUCUGAUUCCCUUAGCAUUGA